UUUCCAAAUCUAAAACAUAACUCACUCCCCCACAUGAAGCCACAAAAAACACAACUCCCCUUACCCUUUUUUCUCAUUUCUUUUCUCAUCAUCACCACCACCACCAGCAAUGCCGCCUCAACGCCGCCGCAACAAUUCCGAGAAGCACCGGAAUUCUACAAUUCCCCAGAAUGCCCUUCCAUUGAAAAUACCCACAACUUAAUUUGCUCAAAUCAAGCCGUACACGUGGCAAUGACCCUUGAUUCAACUUACAUACGUGGCUCAAUGGCAGCUAUUCUCUCAAUACUCCAACACUCUUCUUGCCCACAAAACACAAUCUUCCAUUUCGUCACUUCCGCUUCCGCAAACGCGUCACACCUACGCGCCACCAUACUCGCGUCAUUCCCUUACCUUAAAUUCGAUGUUUAUCGAUUCGAUGAUUCCUUUGUUUCUGGUCUCAUUUCCACAUCCAUCCGUUCAGCUUUAGAUUGUCCUUUAAACUAUGCGAGAAGUUACUUAGCCAAUAUAUUACCAUUAUGUGUUAAAAAAAUCGUGUAUUUGGAUUCAGAUUUGGUUUUAGUUGAUGACAUAGCGAAAUUGGCACAAACCCCACUUAAUGAAAACCAAAUUCUUGCAGCCCCAGAAUAUUGUAACGCAAAUUUCACAUCAUAUUUUACACCAACAUUCUGGUCAAACCCUUCACUCUCGUUGACUUUUGCGGAUCGAAAAGCAUGUUAUUUUAACACGGGUGUAAUGGUAAUUGAUCUUGAUCGUUGGAGAAAUGGUGAUUAUACAAGAAAGAUUGAAGAAUGGAUGGAAUUACAAAAAAGAAUGAGAAUUUAUGAGUUAGGUUCUUUACCACCUUUUUUACUCGUGUUUGCUGGAAAUAUAGCACCGGUUGAUCAUAGAUGGAAUCAACAUGGGCUUGGUGGAGAUAAUUUUCGUGGGCUUUGUAGAGAUUUACAUCCUGGUCCAGUAAGUUUAUUGCAUUGGAGUGGUAAAGGUAAACCAUGGGUUAGACUUGAUGCUAAUAGACCAUGUCCAUUAGAUGCUUUAUGGGCACCUUAUGAUCUGUUAAAACCUCCAUUUUCGUUUGAUUCUUGAAAAUGGGGUUAAGUAAAUGUUCAGUUUAUUGAAAAGCAGAGACAAGAGUGAAAAGAAUGGAAUAAUUGAUGCAAGUGUAUAGGCUUUUGGUGAAGAGCUGGUGCAAAAACAGAGGAUGAUGAAGUUUUUUAAGAUUCAAAAAUUCAAAAUUAAUAGGGAGGAUUAAAAUUCAUUUUUCUCCUUGUAAUAAAAUUUUACAAUAUUUUCUUGAUUUUUCAAUUUACUGGAGAAUUUUUUUUCCUGAAUGAUGUAUGUAAUCUUUGAGUUGAGCUCUAUAUUGUACAGCAGAUGAGUUAAAAAUUUUGGUUUCUUAGA